CCCGCUCCCGUAACGCCGGCCAUGACCGACAGCACCGGAGCCUGCCGCCGCCGCCCCGCCCCUUCCUGCGGCACCUGCCCAAUGGGCGCGCAGGCCGCGGUUUAAAUGGCGGGGGCGGGCCCGGAUCGUUGGUGCCGCCAUGGGCAGCGCUGAGGGCUCAGAUUGGGUUGAUGUUGCCAAUGAUCUUUUCAGGACCUGUCACAUAAACCAGCACAUAAAGCAUCUCUCAGAAUGUAGUGCUGAUGUGUUUGUUCGUCUUUAUGAGUCAAUUUUAGGAGAAAAAGUACCAGAUUUCAUUGCUACUCCCAGAAGCCAAGAGGAUGAUGCACAUAAUGUACAAGCAGUAAUAGAUUCUCUGGCAUUGGAUUAUUUGCAGGUCAGCUUGUCUCACAUCACAGGUGAGAAUAUUGUGAAAGGAGACAGGGAAUCUAUCAAAAACCUCCUGGAAAUAUUUGAUGGUUUGUUGGAGUAUCUUAGAGAAGUCAGUGAAGCUUCUUCUCAGACUGGAGCUGAGCUAAAUGUGCUGUCCAGUGAUGAAAUUCAAACUGCAUCUCAAGAGCAGCUGGAAAGCAGUACUGGUCAGCUUACAGAAAACACACAACUCUCACCAGGUGAAAGGUCCCAGUCAGAAUAUUUUAUUCUAACUUGUGAUACAGAUGGCUCAGAAUCUACCAGUGAAUUAAUUAAACUUGGAGAUACUGCUUAUUCAUUUUCCAAGAGAGGGGAAGAACUUCAGAUGCCUGGACUGUGUCUAGCAAAAAAGGACACAGGGGUAGAAGAAUCUGAAAGCUCAGAGGCUCUUGCAGCAUUGCCCCAACUAUUCUCAGAAAGUGAAAGGGGGAUUGGAAAGGAAAGGGAAGAUGGAGGGAUGGAGUCUGUUCCUGCUGCUGAACCCCACAGAGGGAGUCAGAGUGCCAGUGCUACAAAACUGGGGGAGCCCAUCCAGCAGGCAAUUCCUCUGCUGCCCCCGUUCCAGCCCUCGGAUCCGGCAUGGAGAGAUUACCACAGCUCAGACAGGCAGGCAGCAGCUCUGGCUUGCAGUCAAGCAGUGAACAUUCCUAUUAUUGAAAAGUCACUUACCCAAAAAUCUGAUGAUGUUUCUGAUGGUCUUCCUCUAUCAAGAAAGAUCCCUGUGGGAAAAAUGCUGGGAGAUGAUGCUGAGGACAAUGUGACAAAGGUACCUCUGGUAUGUGAGUCUGCUGCAUCAGCCUCCUCUUCUGAGGAACAGCUCUCACUGCGUGCUGAACAAGUAACACAAAUCCCAAGACCAGAAUCACUACACUGGCCCAGAGCAACAAGCAAGUAUGAAAAUUCCACCGAAGAUUCACUUUCCUGCAGAACAACAAAGGAGAAGGUGCCUAUGCAAGAGUUUCACAAAGCAUCAGAAAAUCUGUCUCGCAGGCUACAUGAACUAGAUUUAAUGUUGAAGAGAGCUUUGGGUCAGCACACAGAACAGGAGCUGACAGAGGAGGACAGACUGUCCCAGCACAGUGACAGUGUCAUGGACUAUGGCCGAAGGACAUCUGGGAGAGAUACAUCACAUCCGAGCUACCCAGGCAGGCCACGAUCCCUCUCUCCAGCCUCACCCUCAUCUCAGCAGCAGCAGCGUAAACUGAGGAGUAGUGCAACAAGCCAAAUAAAGACAAUACACAGCCACCUGCAGGAAGAAAGGGAUGAAAGAACAAGAAAAGCAAAGCUGGUCACUAAAGCUUAUGAAAAUGAGCUGAGAAUUUUUGAAGCAAGGGAAAAGCAUAGAAUUUCCAAGCUCAGAGAAGCUGCCAAGGAAGUGGAACAAGAGUACAAAGAAAGCGUCUUUCAAGAACAUCCAAAAGUGUCUCGGCCAGUGAAAGUUUAUUCUAGAAAAACCACACCUCAGUCUUCCAAAUCCAGCCAGUGGAUUCCAAAACGAGGGAUCAUGAAGCCAAAGCAAGCAGCUCCAAUGACAAUAAGAGACAAUGACCUCCUCUUGCAGCUCCUGGAGGAGUUUCCUCACCUGCACAUUUCCACCCGCACUCUGAACAAAAUGUGGCAGCAGCAGCUUGCACAAACUCUGCACCUCAAGGCACCUUCUGCCAGACCUAGACCAAAACUCCAGAAUGAAGUUGAACAAGCCUUGAAGAAACAUGAGCUGCUUGCUGCAAUUAUUAAAAGAGAUCAAGAUCACAGCAGGAGACUGCAAGAAAUCAAGCAGCGAAUCUCCCGACAGAGAUGGGCUCAGAACAAGGUGACAGAGAAGAGGCAGCAGGUGGCCCGGGCCAGGAAAUACUACGAGGAUUACAGGCUCCAGCUCCGGGCCAAGCUGCUGCGGGCCAGGACACGCGAGGAGAAGAUAUUUAAAAACUUGUUUGAAGAAGGCUUAGAAAUUCAGAAGCAAAGACUGAAGGACCUGAGAGUUUAUGCUCAAGAGAAGCGCGACGAGCAACGGCGAGAGCACCAGAUUGAGCUGGAAUCUCUGGAGAACUACUACAAAGAUCAGUUUUCCAUGCUAGCAGAAGUUAUAGCUCAAGAAUUCCAAGAAAUCCAAACCAGAGAGAAAACACAAGCACAAAUGCUACAGAAAACAAAAAGAGAAGUGAGAUCAAAGAUGGAAAAGGAAAUACAGCAACUGCAAGCAGCAAUCAUGCACAGUGAUGAUGACACCUUUUUUCAAGAACUAGAAGCAGACAGACUGAGAUCCAGACUUAGGAUGGCUUCUUUCCAGUACAGCCAAAGCCACUCCUUGUAAGACUUGGGUAAAUGUCACUGCAAUCCUGCCUGGCUAAGAUGAUCAGAGUCUUUGAGAGCUGCUAUAAUAGGAAGAUGGUGUGAGGCUGUUUUGCUUUCUAAAAUAUCUGUUCUAUCUUUUUGACCUGUCAGGGGCGUAGCUGCUGGGAUCUGAGAUCUCCACAGCACUUUUAAGAUCACCAAUAAAGUUUCUGAACUACUUUUUACCUUCCUA